AUGUAUGGCUAUUUUUUUUCCAAAUUGAGUUCAAUUGUCAAUUUUGUUGGUUCUUCUUCAAAGCGACAUUCUCAAUUGAAAUCAAUUCGAGGAAAUGAAAUCAUUGAUUUGAUAAAAUCUGGAGAACUUGGGACUGGUACCAGAGUCAAUCAAGCUAGUACUUUGCAACGACCCGCAUCUACUCAUUGGAGUUCACAUUACACUUCUAUUAUUCGAGUUAUUGAAUUAUUUGGUUCAAUUUGUACACUUUUAGAAGAUCUCAUAGGAGGGAAGUUGACCUUUGGUAUUCGUGCGGAGGCUAAAGGUUUGCUUAAAGUGAUGAUGACAUUUGAUUUUGUGUUUAUGUUAUUGUUGAUGCAUAGAGUUUUAGAAACAUCUGAUAUGUUGUGCCAAGCAUUGCAACGAAAAAAUCAAGACAUUUUGAAUGCAAUGAGUUUAGUCGCUACUACAAAAUUGCUUUUCCAGAAAAUGCGAGAUGAUGAAUGGGAUGAUUUUCUAUGGAGUGUGAAUAAUUUUUGUGAUACUCAUGAUAUUGUAGUGCCUGAUUUGACUGAUCGUUAUAUUGAAGGUACUAAGCGUUCUUGUCAGCAAAAAAAUCAGUUUACAGUGGAGGAAUUCUAUCAUUUUCAUGUAUUUAAUGUUGUUAUUGACAAACAGUUGAUGAAGUUGAAUACAAGAUUUACUGAGGAAUCAAUAGAGCUUCUUAUUCUAUGUGAAGCCUUGAAUCCAAGUGAUGGUUUCAAAUCAUUCUCUGAAAGUGCAAUUUAUUCCUUAAUUGAGAAAUUUUAUCCAAGUGAUUUUUCCAAAGAUGACAUGAAACAUUUGAAGACUCAAUUGGAUCAUUACAAGCUCGAUGUAUUUGAGGACCCGAGGUUUAAAGAUGUCGAUUCUCUUCCUAAAUUAUGUCAACUAUUGGUUGAAACAAAGAAGUCAAGGAUUUAUUUCGUUAUUGAUAAGUUGAUUCGUCUGGUCUUAACUCUUCCGGUUUCAACGGCUACAACAGAACGAGCAUUUUCAGGGAUGAAACUUCUCAAAACACCACUUUGCAACAAAAUGGAGCAAGAAUAUUUGAACAAUGCAAUGAUCUUGUAUAUUGAGAAAGAGAUAGCUUGUGAAAUUGAUAUAGAGUAUAUAAUUGAUAUGUUUGAUCUCUUGAAAAAUAGAAGGUUGCAACUAAAAUAG